CUGUCACGUGGUACGGAUGUCCUUCUGCCACUCUUUUUGCAGGUUAAACAUGGCUGCGCUCUUAAGAUCUACUCGGCUGCUGAAACUCUCACCUUGUCCUUUGCUCCGAGUUCAGAUAAACAGUCACGGGUCUCGGAUACAUCGUUUAUACAACAGAACAGCCGGUGGGCGCGGAAUAGAAGCUUGUCCUGGACAGAUUUCUUUAAGGUCUGUGUGCGCGUGCAAAUCACCUUGGUCCUCUGCGAGUCUGCGAUGCUUCAGUGCAGCUGCUGAGAGGCAAGGUGUGGUGAAAGAUGAACCGAGCAUCGCUUUGCGCACCAAGCAGGCCCAGCAGUUUGACUGGGCUCUCGCUAAACUCGACAGCUCAGUCCGACGCACCGGUCGAGUCACCAAAACGCUGAUUCAGCGCAUCUUUCAUGACAUCUGCCGAACAGGAUACCCCAGUGCUAAUCAGGCCCUGCUGCUGUUGAGGAGCUGCGGCUCUCUGCUGCCCGAGAUGCCUCUUGAAGAACGCAGUCAGCUCGCUCACCGCAUCUGGGAGAAGCUGCAGGAGUUGGGUGCCGUUUAUGAUGUAAGCCAUUACAAUGCGCUACUUAAAGUCUACCUGCAGAAUGGGUUCAGCUUCUCGCCCACUGAUUUUCUUGCCAAGAUGGAAGCGGCCAACGUUCAGCCCAACAGAGUGACGUAUCAGAGACUGAUCGCAGCUUACUGUCAAAAUGGAGACAUUGAAGGUGCAAGUAAAAUUCUGGGCUUCAUGAAGAGUAAAGACUUACCCAUCACAGAGGCGGUGUUCAACUCUCUGGUGACGGGUCACAGCCGAGCAGGAGACAUGGAGAGUGCAGAAAACAUCCUGUCCGUCAUGAGAGGGGCAGGUAUUGAGCCGGGCCCGGACUCUUACCUCGCUUUACUCGUGGCUUAUGCUGAAGUGGGAAACAUGAUCAAAAUCAAAGAGACUAUGGACAUGGCACAGAGCAAAGAUGUCAGUUUGAUGGACAGAGACCUGAUGCAGGUGGUGUUCAGUCUGGCUAAAGCUGGCCAUCAGCAGUAUGUGCCUGAAAUAGUGGAGUGUAUGCGACAUGAGAGAGGCUACGUGCCAGAUGCAAUGAACCUGUGCUUGAGUCUGAUCACCCAGGGCUUUGAGGACACAGCAUUUACUGUACUGAAAACCUUCCCCGGUCUACAGAGUGAGUUACAGGAUGGUGAAACUCUAAACAUGGGCAACUUCUUCCUCCGUCACUGUGUGAACAUGAAUAAGUCUCCUGAAAAGCUGGUGGCUUACUGCACGCAACUAAAGGAUUCCAACCUGCAUUCAUCUCCACUGCAGUUCACGCUGUAUUGCGCUCUGGAGUCCAAGAACACGGCUAUGGUAGUUGAGGUAAUGAAGAAAAUGAAGGAAGAAGGACUUCCCAUCAGGCCUCAUUACUUCUGGCCGAUUUUAACCAAGCAUCAGAAAGACAAAAACGCACCAGGUACCCUGGAGGUGCUGAAGGCCAUGCAAGAGCUGAACGUUCAUCUUGAUGUUGACACGUACUCCACCUACGUGCUGCCUACUUUCUCCUCAGUGGACAGUGCUCGUGUUGCUAUUAAGGAUGCUGGCUGUGCAGUCGACACUGAUGACUUCAUUGCAGCAGAAGUGCGAACAGUGGCAGCGAGUGGGAGACUUUCAGAACUCUACUCUCUGUUGUCUUCACCCUCUUUUCCAGCCAUUGCCCUGAGCUUGUUCAGAGGAAGCCUGAUCGUUGGCUUUAGGGGGUCAAAAGAUGUGACGAGCAUGGCUAAGAUCACAGAGCUUCUCUAUAAAGAUAGCCGCUUUGGUCAGACUGAGGCAGACCGAGCAGAAAACACGGCCUACUUUCUUUUUAACCUGUUUGAUGGCAUGACCGAGACUGAGGUCCAGGCCAAAGAGGAGAUGUUGAGAGAGUACCUCAGUCAGCUCAACAGUAUGAACAUCAUCAUUCAUGUGAAUAUCUACAGAGGAAUCAGGAACAUCCUAAACUCCUACCACUUGCCGGAGCUAAUAAAGGACGUUCUUGUUCUUGUGGAUAAACAAACGAGAGACGAAGAUAGCUCUGAGUCUACGGUUCUUGAAGGGAAGCUAGGAGUUCAAGAGAGAAAGCUGGAAGAGCUGAAAUCUAAGGGGAAGCCUGUUGGAAAUGCAUUCAGGCAGCUCAUUGCUGCACUCUGUGCUGAGGAGAACCUGGCCCGGGCUCUGGAGCUGAAACCUCAGUAUGAGAAUGAAAUGACUGCCAGUUGCUAUGCCUUGCUUAUCAACCUGUGCUGUCGUCACGACAACCCGGAGGAAGCACUUAACCUAAAGAGAGAGCUAGCUCGUAAGGAUUCAGAGGUGACGCUGGAUGCCAACAAGUACAUGAGCUUGGUCAGGGUGCUCUCCAAACAUGGCAGGAUUGAAGAGGCCGUGGACAUCCUGAAAGAAAUGAAGGAGAAGAAUGUGCGGAUGUUGGACACCACGGCCACCAGGUUGUUCCAUAUACUCAACACAGCUGCUCUGAAGGGGGACAUGGCCACCAUUCGGCGCUUGCAGGAUACCGUGUUCACCUUAGGCCUGGUCAAGCCCACCAGCAACCUCUGCUCACCACUUGUUUCUGCUUACCUGGAGAGUGGGGAUGUGAUUGGAGCUCUGGAAGCAAGCAUGGAGUGCCAAAAGCAGUACAACCAAAUGCCCCGGAUUCAUGACAUCAUCUGUCACCUAGUGGAGAAAGGAGAGACUGAGCCACUGCAAAAAGCUAUGGACUUUGUGAGCCAGGAGCGUGGUGAGAUGAUGAUGCUCUACGAUCUUUACUUCGCAUUCUUGCAGACGGGCCGCUACAAGGAGGCACGCAAAAUCCUAGAGACCCCUGGGUUAAGGGCGAGAGCUGGUCGACUACAGUGGUUUGCAGAGAAGUGUAUUGCAUCUCAGCAGAUGGAGCCUCUUGAAAACAUGGUAGACAUGACUGCAAAGCUGUUUGAAUGUGACCGAGAUGAAAUGUACCACUUCAUGCUGCGCCUUUGCAAGGACAUAAAUGACUGGCAAAAGGCAGAAGGCGUCUGGACUAAGAUGCAGGAGGAGAAUGUGAUUCCCAGAGAAAGAACCCUGCGCCUGCUUGCGGACAUCCUCAAGAGCAACAACCAGGAGGUACCCUUCGACAUGCCGGAGAUGUGGUAUGAACAGCCUGAAUCCGACGAGCAUCCUGGCGAUGUCAAGGAGGAGAGUCUGAAAGUGGAACAAAGUACUGGUUUCACUGUGUCUCGUUCAAAAGCUACUAAACCCCAUGAUUAUCACCUCACUGUUAUGACUCUGAGCAAAAAAGGGAAAGUUGAAGAAGCCUUUAAGGUGGUGAAGGAGACACACAGGCAGGGUUUGGCAUUGGGAGCUACUUCAUAUGACAUUCUCAUCAAAGCUCUGCUGGCCAGAGGAAACCUGAACACUGCCAUGGAAGUAAAAGACAUUGCUUCCAAACAUAUUGCAGGAUUCAAGCUGAGUGAAAUGGCCAACAACCUCCAAAUAGUCACACAAGUAAAGCAAGCAGACAUUAAAGGAGCCUUGGCUACUAUUAAAGACAUGCUACAGUAUGACCAGGUGCCCUCACAUCUGGCUAUUACCCGAUUGGUCCAGGGUUUGGGUAACCAUGGAGAAUUAAAUGGCAUCCAGGAAGUGGAGAACAUUGUUAAGAGUUUAGGGACCUCUGUCAACCUGUCCUACAUGCUGUUUGUGAACAACAAGGCUUUGGCUCAUAUUAAAAAUGGGGACAUUGACAGUGCAGUGGAAGGGCUCGAGGCUUUGUUCACCCAAAACUCGGACGGUCCACAAAAAAGUAUUGCCUUUGUCUUCCGUAAAGUUCUCGAAGCCAACAACGGUGAUGCCCUUGACAAAUUGAGUGCAAUGGCGGAGCGGCUGUGCAAUCAGUUUGCCACCUACAGACCUGCCACAGAUCUCUUCCUGCAGUACAUAGACGUGGGCAGGACCGAGGAUGCCAAGUUCCUACUGCAGCGAUGUGCAGCAGUGGCGGAGCAGAAGGAUGCAAUGGUGGCCUACAUGACCAAAGUUUCUCAGAAUCCAGGGCAGAGUGACAAGAUAAAGCAACUGCUGGAACUCAUCCCAGACUUUGAGAAAGAGAAAGUCUUCACCUUCCUGUUGAAAUGCUAUAGUGUGGAUAAAGACCUGACCUCAGCCAAGGCUCUGUAUCAGCAGAUGCAGGAUGAAGGGCUUCAGGUGAACGAGUUGUCUCUAAAGAGACUGGCGCUGCUCUACAAGAAUGCCGGAGAGACGGUUCCCUUCGAAGAACCUCCAGAGACGUUCAAGUUCUACGCUGAAAAACUGAAGGCUUUGCAGCCCCAGACUUCUACAGAUAACUAGAAUCUCUUCUUAUAAUUCUUUUGUCUCUCAAUAUGUUUUUAUAUGUCUGCCCACAUUCUCCAAUGCUGUGAAGUCAGUGAUGCUUAGUAAACAACUAUCUCAGUACAACUGCAUUGAAAACAAAUACCAUGUACAGAAGUAUUUAUGCUAAUAAAUGUGUUACACAUGUGGA